CUGCUCUGCAACAAUUAAAGCAUCGGGUUGUUAUCAGCACUCUUCUCAUCCUAAGCCAAAACACAGCAUUCCACCAGCUACUAGGAAGAAAAUUAAUUCUGUGCUAACUGAAACCAGGACAUGGGUACUUAAAACUUCUAUCUUAUACAAGUAAUUUAUUUCUAUAUUGUGUAGUACAUGCUUCAAAGGACCCAGGACCAAGAUGAAAAUGUUGCUUUGGAAGCUUGUGAGUUUUGGCUGACUUUGACUGAACAGCCCAUUUGUAAAGAUGUAUUAUGUCGGCAUCUUACUAAGUAAGCUGAUAAAUGGUAUGAGAUAUUCAGAGAUAGAUAUUAUUUUGCUGAAGCAAUAUAGUUACACUGAUGAAAUAUUUUGAUGACAAGGGGAUAUUGAAGAAGAUGAAGCUAUUCCAGAUAGUGAACAGGACAUAAGACCUCGUUUUCAUCGUUCACGGACAAUGGCUCAGCAAAAUGAAGAAGAUGGUAUUGAAAAUGAUGACAAUGAUGAUGAUGAACUUGACGAUGAUGAUGAUACUAUUUCUGACUGGAAUUUAAGGAAAUGUUCUGCUGCUGCUUUAGAUGUCCUGGCCAAUGUACAUGUAUUUCAUGAUGAACUUCUGCCAUACAUCUUGCCUCUUUUGAAGGAACUGCUCUUCCAUCCAGAAUGGGUAGUUAAAGAAUCUGGUAUUCUUGUGCUUGGAGCAAUUGCUGAAGGCUGCAUGCAGGGUAUGAUUGCAUAUCUUCCUGAGCUGAUCCCUCACCUUAUUCAGUGCCUUUCCAACAAAAAGGCUCUUGUGUGCUCCAUUACAUGCUGGACUCUUAGUCGCUAUGCACACUGGGUAGUUAGUCAACACCCAGACACAUACUUGAAGCCAUUAAUGACUGAGUUGCUAAAGCAUAUCCUGGAUAGCAACAAGAGAGUACAAGAAGCUGCCUGCAGAGGUGGCCCCCGUGCUACAGCAGUUUAUAAGACCCUGGUGUACAUCUCUGCAAAACAUAAGGAACAACGAGGAAAAGGAUUCAGCGUUUCAUGGGAUAUGUACAAUGAUCUCAGUCAACUCCAGUGGAGUAGUCCAAGACUUUAUUAUUUUUUUUGUGAUGCUGUUGCAUCAUGGAUUAACCCAAAAGAUGAUCUCCGAGACAUGUUCUGUAAGAUUCUUCAUGGAUUUAAAAAUCAAGUUGGGGAUGAGAAUUGGAGGCAUUUCUCUGACCAAUUUCCUCUUCCCUUAAAAGAGCUCCUUGAAGCUUACUACAGAGUUUAACCUCGUGCACUGUAGCUGCAGUCCCAUAAUUAAAGGUCCUUCAGUCUGGGGGUCUAUGAGGGAGUCUCUGCACCCAGGGAAAUAUUACCCUUUACCGGGGGGAAGGGUAAACCAGUAGUGAACACAGUACAGUCCCAACCAUACUGGGAGGGACGGGAGGGAAGUUGCUGUCACUGUAUUAAGUCAAUGUUGGGAAAUGUUUAAACAGCUGGAGUCUUUGUAAGUUGAAAUCUAUCUCCUAUUACAACUCUGCAAUGGACGUGAAGAAGAAGGAAAAAAGUAUUCACAAAACAGCACUUCCUGGAAUAUUGUGGGGAAUUGUACCAAAGCAAGAAAUGCAUAAUUGAACUAUAGGGAUAUGUGAAGAGGAAAACUAUUUUGCACACAACAAAGGAAACCUAAGAAUGGGGGAUCACAAACAGUAAAAGGGUUUGUUUUUUUUUUUUUUUUUUUUAAGUAAGGUUUUCCUACAUUAUUUCAUCCUGCUUGAUGGGAUUCCUAGGUAUCUUCAUGUUAAUGAAGAACUACGCAAAUGAACCUAGUACAGUUAAAAUGCAGCUUGUGUCUGUAUUAGGAACAGGCACUUGCAGUGUACAAUAUAGAAACCCCAUUGUAAACUAAUAAAGGUUAAUUUGGACAAAAUGAAGCAACCUGCAAGCUGCCAAGUGAGUCACUCCUUUCGGUUUUGCAUAUUUUUUUAAAUUUAAAGUAGUAGAUAUGAUAUUUGAUUAUUGUACUUCAUUAGGUUUAAUUUCUAGACUAAGGCAUUAUUCUUAGCAUGCAGUUUAAGGUUCAGGCAUGCAUUCUGGCUCAUAGUGAUCAGAAGUAAUUUAAAUUAGUGGGGGAAGUAGAAUGCUUUUGCAUUUCAUGGAGUAAAAUUGUUAUACAUUUACCUGUUUUUGUACCAGUUUUGUGUUGCGGUUUACCAAUUCAAUAUAGCCCUGCAUUUAAAAUUCCUUUUCUAAAAUUCUGUGGAUUUUAUUUUUAUUGAGAACAUAGAUAUAAAGUACUGUAGCUAACAAUUAGGCUUUGAAAUGUCUUUAGGAGCUGUUAACAAUAAGAUUGUAUUAUGUGUAACCUGCACAAUAUGGAAAGCUGAAAUAGCUGUGCAAAAUACUUGCCUCUGUGCUGUCAAUGUGAUGCGCUUUCUUCAUGGUUAUAUAGUGAUUUUUAUCAGAAUCUCUAAAAAUAAGUUACAUGGUAAGAUCCGUUAAAAGCUGCAUAAAUGUUGGUUGGCACAUGAAGAAAAUUGUGAAGUCGAUGACGACUGCUCUAUUUGUGUUUAUUCCCUCUUAACAUAUUACCUUCUAUGCUUUCCUUUUGUUCAAAGCAUGAUCUUAAAGAGAUGUUUAAGUUCACAUAUGUAAUGCAGGGUAUCUACACUGUAUUGAUUGAUGCAUGUUGGUCGCCCUUUGUGAUGUAGUUAAAUGCACAAGUGUGCAAGUUUAAAAAUACAGAGUGAAAUUGGUUUGGAUCCUCUUCAUUUCAUUUGUUCAGCUUUUUUGUAGGUAUUUCUUUUUUGUUUGUUGUUGUUGCUGUUUUUCUCUACUUACAUGUAUUCCUGUAAAUAAAUCCUUGUUAAGUUAACCCUUUA